AUGGGAAACAUCCCUGUCGAUAGAGAAGUCACCGAUCAUCUAAGUGAGGCAGGAGGGAUCAAGCUGAUGUCAACUAAAGUGGAUGAGGAGGAACACAGUUUCGAACUGCAUAUGCCCUUCAUCUAUAAGAUGAGUACUGCCAAUGGCACAAGGCCUCCCACUCCAGUGGUGCCCAUCAUGGUUGGUGACACUGACGCUACUUUCGAUAACAAACUGGCUUCGCUUUUGGCUCCCUAUUUUGCGGAUAAGAGCAAUGCAUUUGUAGUUAGUACUGACUUUUGUCACUGGGGUCUCCGAUUUGGCUACACCGCUUAUACAGACUCUAAGGCAGUCGUAGAUAUUAGAAACUUGGGUAGGAUAUCAAAGACCGCUCCAGGAGUUCCGAUUUUUAGAUCCAUAGAGUACCUGGAUAGACUCGGGAUGAAAGUUGCUUCACUGGGUUCUUAUACUAAAUGGACAGAAUAUCUAGACCGUACUGAUAACACUAUUUGUGGUCGAACGCCUUUAGGAAUAGUUUUAAGAACCAUUGAAAAAGUUGACGAGCAGGACAGAAAUGAAGAUUAUGGGUUUCUUAAAUGGAUUGGGUAUGCCCAGUCAAGUCGUGUUACCGACAUCUCUGAUAGCAGUGUCAGUUAUGCUAGUGGAUACGCUGUUUGUUGA